AUAUUGCGUUCUUGAUUACAGCUGCUUUAAGCUCUCGCAAACUUACCAGAUUAUUUUCAGUCUGUCGAUAACAUGAUGCUUUUAGAUUUGUACGCAAUAUGAUGCUCACAUCAUAACGCCGGUGUAAACGUUAAGAAGAGAAAUUCGCCACGUUUCUCGACGAGUAUAAAAUGGAAUCGUGUGGAAGGCGAGUUUGUUUGAACUCGCAAAGUUAAAAUAAGGAAAGAUGAUCGUGAAAGGCUUUUUGUCCGCCGCGUGGAGAGUUGGUAUCGAGGGGUCAACCUUUCUUAUUCUCAUUGCCUUCACUGUUUUCCAUUUGUUCAAGGUUAGUAGUUUCAUUAAUCCUUGUAAUUCGUUCAUCGAGUUUUUAAGCAUUGUAAGUUUAGCUCUAUUGACUGAUGUCUUUUAUACAUCGGUAUUCGAAAGUUAGCUGUUGUUAACAUGUGUUAGAACAAUCCUAACGAAAUGAAGAGACGGUCUGUUAGUUAUUUCAAAUUGGUAGGAGAAUUUUGUUAUGUUAUUUGUUACUCCUCGAAGGAAUUUUGCCCUUUCCCAUCCGGAAUUGCGUCGACUCGGCAUAAGAGACAAAAAUAGAAGUGAUCCGUUUUGCUGGUUAACGCCGGCAUAAUGUCUUCGAUCCAAGAGUAGACUGAAUUGAACGCCUCCUGCUGGUCAUAAUUUUGUCUUUUAAUUUUAUUUUACCCAAUUCGAAGAUUAAUUCUUGUUAUUUACUUUUGGGAACUCUUAAAGGCGCAUAAUCAAAUUUUGCAUUCGAACUAAUAAUUUUUUUUAUAAUCAUGCUACUUCCGGAUUGUCGCUGAUUAAAUUAAAAACCUUUUUUUGCCUUAAUUACUGCAUACCUGUCUCUAAUUCGCGUAGUAUUUUAAUUUUGUUUUGGUUGACUCCAAUUCAAAGCAGUUUUGACACACAGUCUGCCAUUAAUUUGAUGUGUCUGAAAUUCUCGUAAUAGCUAAUACAAUUAUGCGGUUGUGCUGUUAUGCCAUAUAAGGUGUUUCUGUUGACAUCUUAUAAUACUGAUUUAACCACCAAAAUCUUGCAAGCCCUUCAUAACGUUUAUGGCGUUGUAUUAUAGUGUAGUAUAUUGUGUCUAACGUUGACCACUUCAAACUAAAACUUUGAACAAGGGUUACUUUGUUAAAACGUGAUGAUGUUCAGCAUGUAAUAAAAAGCGAUUUGCUCUCAUUUGUGCCCUUUGUCAAAGCGGGGGCGUUCGUUUCUGCUGUUGGAAAAUCGUGGAAGAAUUGAACUUGAUUUUCCAGUACAGAGCUGACUGAAAAUUGUAGUUACCGGGCCGACAAAAGCAAUAACCGUAUGAUCCAAAAGUUGUUUGUUUGCGGUGAAGAUGUAAUUUUGUUAGAGACACUCGUGACUCGCUCUAUGAUUUGACACAAUUGUUUUGAUCUCCUAUUUUAGUCAUUGAUACGUAUCUUGAGAUUUUUCCUAAAAACAUGCACCGAUAAUGUAAACAAUACUUUCUCAAAAUGUAUGGAAGGUUACGUUAUGUCUCUUCUUUUAAAAGUGGUUAGUUUUGACCUUACGUGCUUCUCGUAUUCUUGUGAAUGCUCGCGAUAACUUAACUUCGCUUUUUUAGGUCGGAAAUAUGGCACGUAAAAGCCCUCAACACAACCAUUAAUUUGCUUAUGGCAGUGAUUCGGGAAGUCUCCAGAGCCUAAAAUGCCAAUUGCAGACUAAACCUAAAUUUUCGUAGACCACGUUAUUACUACAAUUUUUAACUAAGAGGAGGGCAGUUGAUAUGAUGUUUCUAUUUAGAAAAAGGGAUGUUCUUGAAGUGGACGUAUUUUUUGUGGUUUUGCUUUGGAGAACCACCUCGCGUGCAUAGAGAAAACAAUAGAAUUACAUCAAAUACGUAUCAAAUAAUUUCCUUUCAGUGCUUGUAUCGUUUAUUGAUCGGUCACUUUUGUUCUUGUUGACGGUUUGUUUCGUACCGUUAUAAGAUUGUUAUAACGUUUGUUCUCCUCUCCAAGAAAAAAUGAUGCCCGCUCAUUUUUUCAUUUUGCGUAUAAUCUGGUCAUUUUAUGGUACAAAAUUUUCCAAAUACGGUAACCAGUUCUUAUUAUUUCACUGAAUUUCAUACGUUUAUGUUUAUUCUCUCUUUUUAAAUAAUCUUCAAUGAUUUUUGCUUCCAAAAAUGCGGAAAAGAAGCAAGUAAAAGAAGAGGAAACUCAUGAUUAAAAUCACACAGCUGUCGAGUCGUGCAUUCGUAGAGUAUGCCAUAGCCGACUGAUUGUGGCACGUUAUUUGUCUUUUUUGUGGAUGUUAAGCUAUCUGUGGUUUCCGGACCUAUGUAUUAAUCAAUUUGUUUUUGUAACGGGCCGUCUUUGGACCGUUUUUUUAUCGUUUGUGAAAAUCUCCCUGAUUCAUUGUUAUGGAAGCGUGCGAUGUGUUCUUGACUUUUGAGUUCGCGGAGAAAAUUCCAUAGUGUCACGUGCAAGUGAAUCCUCUACUGCAGCGCUUUCGCGUGUCACUAUUCGUUUCUAAGCGUUGUGUAGGAAAAUAAUUAGGUAGUAUUCAUGCUAGUAAUGAGCUAGGAGGGUUAAAAAGACACUUGAAAAGGUUUUACGAAUCGUGACGCAAGAGAAACAAAGCCUGCAGUUAAUCCUCUUACAACAUCUAUAUCUCUCCCAACAAAGAAUUUUCGUACCGGCGAGCAAUCUCGAGAGUGCUUAAAAAGAACUGCUGCACCUCUCCAACCCCGAACACACCUUUCCUUCCCGACCAAGCACACUGGAUGAGCAAUUUUUAAAACUGUGUUUGACAUCUAAUGCUUUUUGAAAAGUGCCGAAUCAAGGUUAUGAGACGUAAUGAAUAUGCCCUGUAGGAUGACUGAACUGCUCAAGUUACGGCUGAACAUUUUCGGUGUUAUUGACAACACAGCCUGUUUAGCAGGUUUUGCGCAAUGACUUAUUUUUAUUCUUAAAGCUAGAACGCGUUUGUAUAAUUUUUCUACACACGUUUAUGUAAGAGACGUACUUAUUCUAAGGAGCCCGAAGCUGCUAAAGUCAACUCCGAGAAAAGUUAUCUAAAAGUCGUGUAUCGGGGAAAAUAAAGCAGCGAAAAGUACUUCAAGAGAGGACUGCUUAUUAACUUCAUGUAAAUUGCUACACAGGCUAAAAGUCAACACAGGGUUUUUUUUCUGUCGUUAGCCCUUUAGCUUUGAAGUAUCAGUAAUUUAUUCACAGAAUGAAAAGCCAAAUCAGUUGAUAUAAACUAAAAGUUUAGAGCACCACUUGACAUUUUUUAUUAUUCAUUACUCCAAGAACUUUCACUUGAAUACGUGCAAGGUAUACAGUGUUAGCCUUGAAACGUCAGAACAACAUUCCAUGCUCUUUGAUGUUGUUAAAUAACUGUAUUUACUUUUUCCAACAACGUGCACUCUUGUAUGCAGCAACUUUUAUGUCACAUGAUAUGUAACAACUUAAGGGUUUUCCGCCAAACCUCUCGGGCGCACGGUGCCAGCACUGAAAGGUUGGAGCAACAUUCAAUGAUUUUAUGUUCUAGAAGGUCUUGAAUUGUUUUUAUAAUCCACAAUCCUAGAAAAUGCUAAACUGGCUGUUUGUCACUUGAACCCAGUUUAAUGGCCUUUAAUAGCUCCUAGGAGUUUUCCGACUUAGCUCAGUGGUAGAACAUCUGGAUGAGCAACCAAGGGGGUCUUGGUUUAAACUUCUGUCGGAAGAACUCGCAAUUCAUUUUUUUUCGAGUCGCUUGUGUCAGUGACAAAAAAAACAUCGUUUUCCUUAUUUUCGUCGUUUAAAAUUCAUUUUGAGAAUUGUUUUGAUUUUUUGGCCCCUGAUUUAAUGACUUUUUUGUAUUUCCUUUCCGUCUGGUCAUUUCGGAAAAAAUAGUAAUGUCAACAAAGAAUUCUGAUAUGACGAAUAAAGUUGAUUGUGUAUACUUGCUUUUAUUAGAUUAAUAGUAGCCCGUAAGCUACAUUAGUGGGGCAGAAGUCUCUGUUGACAAAAACACGGCCAUGCAUAGGGCAAACGAAGGUAAUUGGAAAAAAUCAUAAUUCAAAGUUUUAUGCAAAUUGAACUGAAUGUGAAAAAUAUUUCAAGUUAACCCAAACGCAAUUCGUUCGAGUGUCGCUGAGUCUUCUCCAGUUUGACCAGCAAUGCUGUCCUGUUGUUUUUUCUUUGUCCUACGGCAUCAGAAGAUAGAACUGACUGAGCAUUUGAUAAGUGUGUGAUCUAGACCCUUUAUAAAAUGGACGUUCAGGUUUAAGUACUAUAAACAACCAAAUGGCCACCCGUAAAACUCUUAUGCCCCUUCUUCGACUGCAUUCGGCCCUUUGCAUGAGAACUCAUUUGUUUUUCUUUCUUUUAUCUGAAAUGAAAGCAAUAGUUUAAGACUUGCUCUUGUUUGUUGUCACAACAUUACUUAGUAUAAGACCGUUUGAGGCUGAUAUCCAACGUUGCUGAGGUGAAAGAACAUCCUUUUGUCUCUUAUGAGCGUGUUGCCACUAGAAAUAAAAACACUACCUUGUAGAAGACAAUUUAAAAACAAAUUAAUACUGUUACAACUGUCAGACUUUCUUUGAUCUACCUCUCGUAGUGUAUUGCUUGUUUCAUACCCCACGACUUAAGAUAGAUUUCAUUUUUGGGAGUUGGCUUUAAAAACUCUUAGUUACUUCAACUUCCUUCACUUACAUAUCUUUUAGCUUCUGUUAUAUAUAUGCCUGUCUUAAGAAAUGUUAUAUCUCAUUAUUUUUUAUUAACCUCUGUAUUUCAAUUGGAAGUGAAAUAAACCUGACUUGACUUGGACUUUGAUCAAACAGAAGGCACGUUACAGAAUAGUUUGAUCGUAGUGUUCUUAUCUUAUCCUGGUCACUAGUUAUGUAUGAUACGAAGUUCCUAUUGUUGUUACUGUGGACAGAAUCCUGUAAGGUGAUCACUUGUUUUAACUACUUGUUUUUACGAAUUGAAUGAUUCUUGUAUCUUUGAAAUCUUCUGCUCAUGUGCUAUGCGUGCCACUCCACCGUACAUACAUACAUAUAUACAUACUAACUUUAUUCAAGAUGUAAACAAGCUUAUUUACAGGAAAAACAAUAUUAAAAGACAUCUUGAAAAGGAAGUUGAGAGGUUAGCCCUAUAUUAGAACUCCCAAACAGAAAUAGAAAAUGCUAAAUAAAAACAUCAAAUACAAUACAAUUAUUCAAAAAUCAAGUCCUUAAUGAAAAGACAGUUCUAGUUUAAAAUUUAUUAAAUAGAUAAUGAUGAAGCUUAUUUUUAAAAUAAUGAAGGCUUUCAGCCUCUACUAUGACUCCUGGAAGAUCGUUUCAUUUUGAAACUAUUCUAUUAAAAAAAGAAUAUUUGUAACAAUCGAGUCUUGCGCUUUUAACAUACAAUUUGAAGGGGGUACACUCAGCCUAUGUUUAAAUUUGAUGUCCCCAAAUUGGUGGAGAACUUUGCGGUAAUAAUACAGAUUUGUAAUCGUAAUUUUGAUCGAGGAUCUCUGAAAUACAUAAGUAGUAGCGAAACGCCAUCGAUGACCGAAAAUGAUUAGAUUCUAAAGGGAUAACGUUCUCCAAAUGGCUCGUCAUAUUUUAUUAUUAGAGUUUUUGUUUUGGUUUUAGCUUGAAUUCAAUAUCAGUAAGUAUGUUAAGAAGGCCGUCUAUUUAAGAUGAUGUCAUGAAAAACUUAUGGAAUUUUUACCUAAAACGAUGAAACUGGUGCUCUCAUCUCUUAAGACGUUUACAACUGAAACGUUUCUCUUGAGGCAUGAUUGGCAGAUCUAACUUUUCAAUCCUGGACAAAUUCCUUUUAUGUGGCUAUUCACCUUUAAAUGUAACCUAGCAGUUGUAGUUUUAUUUUCAUACGAAUAAAAAUGACUUAAAUUUUAGACUUUUUGGGGGGUGUGAAUGGGGUUGAAGUUGACACUACCAUGCACGCAAGGUGUUGUUGACUUGAAAGUGCAUGGAAAAUAUUUUCAAAGCUACAUUUGCGUUACUUCUGGUGAUAACUAAUUAAAUACUCUAAUGAAAAAAAAAGGUGUCUGUUCUAUUUUAAGUUAUAUUAAUUAUGCGGUCUAAAGUGUACAAUAUUUUCUACUCUCGGUAUUGAACGGUUGUUAUUGUAUUAUUGUCUUCAGUUAGGAAGGAAACUCUUAAGUAUAACAACAUAGAAUAGCAAAGAAAGGAUGAUUGUUUCAGGAGAUAUCCAAACAGUGAUAGUUGGGUUGAAGUAAACGAGGCGACACGAUUCACUUUCAGCGAUUGUUUGGAUAGUACAACCCCAGACCAUGUAUCAGACCAUGUACUUCUUGAAAGCAGAUAUAAAACAAGGUCUUCUAGUUCAAGGGACUUUUACAUCACUAUUUCAAAAACAAAUCAACAACUUAGAUCUUUCACCAGAUUUGGAUGAACCAAGUUACGGAAUAGCAUCCCCGCUGAAAUACGUUGUUUUCUCUUUUGCAAACCAACGAAGUUGACUUUGAAGCACCUAUUGUUGUCAAAGGAUAAAAGAAACCUAGUGAAAACUGUUAAAACCUUUACUCGCUUUAGCCUUUAUCUCGGUGCUAGAUUUUAUUUUGAUUUAAACCUAAUUUCUGCUUUCUGCAAGUUCCUUGUAAUUAUAAUUAUAUUUUUUUCUCUUUAUCUCUGAGAAAUUUAUAUAUUUAUCUAUUUAUUCGUUUAUUUAUUUAGAUUUUCAGCGUAUUAAAACCUAUCUAAUUGGCCUCUACCCUCCUAGAUUAACCCUGCUAUUUGCCGUUAGCGCAGUUUGUGAAUUCUCCUCUAAAAUAAUGAAUAAACUUGACAGAUUUGUGUGUGAUUUGUGCUCUGUUAUGGCAAGGAGACAGCUGAGGAGAUCGUGAUCGCUUUUGAAUAUUUUAUAGAAAAGGCGCAAUACAAAUAAUAAAUGUUAUUGUUAUUGUUAUUGAUCGUGACAUUUGAAAAAAAAGGGGGGGGGUUAAAUUUUAAAUUACAUUACGAUUUCAAUGAACAGUCGAACUUAAUUGGUCGACCUAAAUAGUUCGACGUUUGAACCGGGCCUUAGGAUCCAACAUUCAAACUUUCUGCAAGGUACUGUCUCCCGUUGUUUUCUCUUUGUGCAUCAUUGAGUAGUUUAAGAAGGUUUUCGGUCAGUUGAAAUUUCGUGGGAUUCAAUGGCUAUUUAAAGUGGCACUGUCGCUGGAAUUUUUGUCAUUGCUUUUUAAAAAUUAUCAGCGGGUAAUCACUCUUUCCGCAACACUAAAGGGUAAUUUUCAAACAAAGCUACGGAAAGAAAGCAAAAAUGUGUUAUUUUUAGCAAUUAACUGAGACACGAUUAAACAACUUGAAAAAGUUAAGCGUGUUUUUUCAUCUUUGUUCUGUGAGAGACAACCUUAAAUGGUUGUAUUGCAUUUAUAAAGUACUUCUAUACAAAACAGGAACAUGUUUAAAUUGUUACAAAUACAUCACUGGAUUUGUCUAUCUCUCAUGACAGUGCGUAUUAUCCAAACCACUCUCACGGUACAGUGUCCUAAAAUAAGGAAACGUGCUUGCUCAAUUACUUCAAGAAAGCACUUGUGGCGACCCUUGACGUGGCACGUGCUUUGAUUUCUAUCUUUCCUUUUGCUUUUUAAUAUGCAGUCGUAUUCCAGGGCAAUGUCGUUCAACAUUUGUCAUUCUUUCCGUGCGCGCGUGUUUCUUUUAGUUGUAAAUUUAGAAAUGGUCGUGUAGGCUUUAUAUUGUAAUUUUUGUUUGCAGUCGGCAAAUUCAUUUUUCGUGACGCGGUUUUACAUUUCAAUGGUAAAAAUAGAAAGUGUAUAAAUGUGGCCUCUUGUCUCGGUAUUUCAUGGCACUUGGAAAAAGUUAGGAAUCACUCAACUGCGUUUCACGUAUUCCACAUUUUUCUGUGCUGAUGAAUGCCUAUCAUUCUUUAUGCCAAUAUAAUGCAUGUCCCGCCUUGUCUUGUCUUUUCCUUUUUUUUCAGUUUCAUGUUAAGUACAUACUUUAGUGUUCUUUUUUGUUUUUUAAAUAUAACUCACAGGCCCAAGCAAAUUCAACAUUCCUUGUAAAUAGUUUGCAUUCUAAAGUUUUUGAUAUAAGCACAAACCUUUAAGGUGUAUCAAAAGUUUUACCAGAGGAAAGUCGUGUUGCGGAAAGAUGAUCGUGAAAGGCUUUUUAUCCGCCGCGUGGAGAGUUGGUAUCAAGGGGUCAACCUUUCUUAUUCUCAUUGCCUUCACUGUUUUCCAUUUGUUCAAGGUUAGUAGUUGCAUUAAUCCUUGUAUUUCGUUCAUCGAGUUUUUAAGCAUUGUAAGUUUAGCUCUAUUGACCGAUGUCUUUUAUACAUCGGUAUUCGAAAGUUAGCUGUUGUUAACAGGUGUUAAAACAAUACUAACGAAACUAGUAAUAGUUGAUACUACAGCUGCCCCUGCGGCUCUGUAUAUUGUCGGUCAAUAGCAUUCUUGCUCAUUGUGUAGCUCUUUGCAAUAUACCGAUUCAUGAGGAAGAUUUUCACACAUAUUCCAUACAAUAGGUGAGCUAAAUACAAGAAACGCAAGGUUCCAUGCACAGUUUCAGGUCGAUUUACACAGCUUUGAUCAAAACAUUCUCAGUUUCGAGAAUAGCUUAUUCUAAACCAUAAGAAAAGAUUUAAUUAGAAGUUGAAUUUUUCGCUAUUCCUUUUUCACUUAUCUAAAAGUCGUGUAUCGGGGAAAAUAAAGCAGCGAAAAGUUCUUCAAGAGAGGACUGCUUAUUAACUUCAUGUAAAUUGCUACAAAGGCUAAAAGUCAAAACAGGGUUUUUUUCUGUCGUUAGCCCUUCAGCUUUGAAGUAUUAGUAAUUUAUUUACAGAAUGAAAAGCCAAAUCAAUUGAUAUAAACUAAAAGUUUAGAGCAGCACUUGACAUUUUUUAUUAUUCAUUGCUCCAAGAACUUUCACUUCAAUACGUGCAAGGUAUGCGGUGUUAGCCUUGAAACGUGAGAACACAAUUCCAUGCUCUUUGAUCUUGUUAAAUAACUGUAUUUACUUUUUCCAACAACGUGCACUCUUAUAUGCAGCAACUUUUAUGUCACAUGAUAUAUAACGACUAAAAUGUUUCCCGCCAAACCUCUCGGGCGCACGGUGUCAACACUGAAAGGUUGGAGCAACAUUCGGUGAUUUUAUGUUCUAGAAGGUCUUGAAUUGUUUUUAUAAUCCACCAUCCUAGAGAAUGCUAAACUGACUGGUUGUCACUUGAACCCAGUUUAAUGGCCUUUAAUAGCUCCUAGGAGUUUUCACUUAGCUCAGUGGUAGAACGUGUUGAUGAGCAACCGAGAGGUCUUGGUUUAAACUUCUGUUGGAAGAACUCGUAAUUCAUUUUUUUCGAGUCGCCUGUGUCAGUGACAGAAAAAACAUAGUUUUCCUUAUUUUCGUCGUUUAAAAUUCAUUUUGAGAAUUGUUUUGAUUUUUUGGCCCCUGAUUUAAUGACUUUUCCUUGAGACAAAUGUAUUUCCGUUCCGUCUGGUCAUUUCGGAAAAAAAUAGUAAUGUCAACAAAGAAUUCUGAUAUAACGGAUAAAGUUGAUUGUGUAUACUUUCUUUUAUUAGUUUGAUACUAGCUCGUAAACCGACUACAUUAGUGGGGCAAAAGUCUCUGUUGACAAAAACACGGCCAUGCAUAGGGCAAACGAAGGUAAUUGGAAAAAAAUCAUAAUCCACAGUUUUAUGCAAAUUGAACUGAAUGUGAAAAAUAUUUCAAGUUAACCCAAACGCAAUCCGUUCGAGUGUCGCUGAGUCGUCUGCAAUUUGGCGAACAAUGCUGUCCUGUUGUUUUUUCUUUGUCCUACGGUAUCAGAAAGUAGAACUGACUGAGCAUUUGAUAGGUGUGUGAUCUAGGCUCUUUAUAAAUGGACGUUCAGGUUUAAGUACUAUAAACAACCAAAAAGCCACCCUUAAAACUCUUUUGUCCCUUCUUCGACUGCAUUCGGCCCUUUGCAUGAGAACUCAUUUGUUUUUCUUUCUUUUAUCUGAAAUGAAAACAAUCUUUAAGACUUGCUCUUGUUUGUUGUCACAACAUUACUUAGUAUAAGACCGUUUGAGGCUGAUAUCCAACGUUGCUGAGGUGAAAGAACAUCCUUUUGUUUACCGUAUGUCUCUUAUGAGCUUGUUGCCACUAGAAAUAAAAACACUACCUUGUAGAAGACAAUUUAAUAACAAAUUAAGACUGUUACAACUGUCAGACUAUCUUUGAUCUGCCUCUCGUAGUGUAUUGCUUGUUAUAUACCCCACGACUUAAGAUAGAUUUCAUUUUUGGGAGUUGGCUUUAAAAACUCUUAGUUACUUCAACUUCCUUCACUUACAUAUCUUUUAGCUUCUGUCAUCCAUCUGCCUGUCUUAAGAAAUGUUAUCUCUCAUUAUUUUUUUAUAAACCUCUGUAUUUCAAUUGGAAGUGAAAUAAACUUGACCUCGACUUGGACUUUGAUCAAACAGGACGCACGUUACGGAAUCGUUUGUUCGUAGUGUUCUUAAAUUAUCCUGGUCACUAGUUAUGAAUGACACGAAGUUCCUAUUUUUGUUACUGUGGACAGAAUCCUAUAGUGUGAUCAUUUGUUUUAACUACUUGUUUUCACAAAUGCCUCUUUUCUUUCGACGCGAAACCGACUAAAAAGGUUAAUUCCACUUGGGCAUCCUAUUCGAUCACUGCAUGCCAAUAUCUGUUACAUUAUAUUGGGGUAGAAAGGCCUCUUCAAUAGAUCGAGUGUUUUUGAACUUUGGUUAGACUGUUUUAAUCAGUCAUUGAAGGAGUGCUCACAAUCCCCUGGAAAAUACAUAACAGCACAAUGUUACAUCACUACUGCACUAAGGGCAUAGAAACGGUGCUUUGUUUCAGUGAGACUGAUAUGAUAUUGUUAGCACCGUAUUCCUGGCGUUUCGUGUGUUACGUAUCGUAAUAAUCGCCUUGUGCUGAGAGACGCGACCCACAAGAAGUGGAGACAAUCCGGAUAAAAGAGAUUACCAGAAAAGUGGAGAUCUUGUUAUUUACCUUGGCCCGAUAUGAUAAUAGCUAGUGAGCUGAGAAUAGCCGAGCACGUGGCACGCGAUGCUACUUAAUGUCACGUGAGAUUACUCGUGAAUCGUUUCCUGUUUUGCUCUCUCGCUUGCUAAUUGUGUAAUCCGAACUUACUUUUAUCGCGGGUAAUUUGUUAUGUACAGGAAGAGCUAGCAAACCUCUAGAAUUAUCUUUGCGGUUUUUGCAAAAUUAUUUUAUGUUAGAAUUUUCUUGUAACAUGUGCUAACAGUUUUUGUGUCACUGCGUGAAUUACCGCUAUAUCCAAAUCAGGCAUUUCCCAUUUGCAUGUCUCCCAUAAAACAUCUCGCUUGUCCCCCCAAAAACCAAGUUGUAUUGUGGGAAAUGUGCAAAUGGCGAACACAAUGCCGUUCGGCGGGAGUUGGGGGGAGAAUUUCAAACGCCUGACGGGAAAAGUAUCGCAAUCCUCUGUGCAUAAGAGACACGCCUCCUUCUCGUAAAAUGUGGGACAUAAAACCAUUGUACAAAGUACCAUCACCUGCUACGGGUGCGAAGAAACCUCACAAAGAUCAGUCCAGAACGCGGCAAAUCGGGAAACCUUUUUGGAAUUGUACAAAAGGAAGCAGCAAAACCAAAAAGCCACAACAACAACAAAACUGGCUUUUGUUUGCGAAAAAGCAAGAUAACAAGGGUCUGGCGUUCGUUUUUCGUUGACCCAAGAUUUUUUUCGGGUCAAAAAAUGUUCGAACCUUCGGUACUUUUGAGCGUGGUUUCCGCGUCCCCACCACGUUCAACUUUUCACUCAUCCCCUUGGUCGGUGCUACCUGGCUCUCUCAGGUCUUUGCUAUGUUAGGUCAGUUUUCUCUUUGUUUCAGGAUGAUUUUGCAACCGAAGCUCUAAACUGAACCAUGUCAAACUUGGUCUUUUUCAGGAAUUUGUGAAGCGCUACAGCUUGUUGUUCCCAAAAAUUGAAAAUGGAGACCUGCGAGAUGAGAUGCCGAGCAUCCUGGAAUCCUUUGGAUUGGAUUCACGGGAGUAUCAGCUAGGCAAACAAAAGGUAGAGCGUGGCUUGAAAUACUUUAAUGUCACCUGAUCAGAUGUUGUCUCAAAUUUAGAGCAAGCCUGUACGACAAAAAAGCACAACAUCAGAAUUGGAUCCUACAAUAAACCGAAUAAGACUUCACACAGCCCCUAUUUUCCCGUAAGAUCGUAGAGAUCGAGCGCUUACCGGUAGGGGCAGCCAUUUUGUAAUUGGUUUCCAAGACUUGAAAGCGCUCGUUCUUGGCGAUCUUACGCAAAAAUAGGAGACUGUUAACUGUUAAAUAAACGCGUUUGACAUCAGGCAAACACUGCUUGGUAAUUCUAAAUCGAUGAUUACACUUGAGGAUUUCAUUUACAUACUUAAAAAAAGUGAGAACCUCCUUUUAUAGUCUAAUUAAACAGAAGGGCAAGAAAGUUUAGCUCAAGACUGAGUUUUCUCCAUUCGGAGUUCGUACAUAAAAGUGCAAAAGCUAACCCAUUUAGAGGCAGCGUGGCCGAGCAGUUAGGGCGCCGGACUUGUAAUCCGGGGUCCCAAGUUCAGGUCCCGCUCUGACCGCUAGCUGGAUUUGUUCUCGCUAGUCAUGGGUUCAAAUCCUCGGCCAUGCUUGUAGAAUAGCUAGCUGGUUCUCCUCCCACCAGUUGGGAUUCUUUAACCUUGUUAUGAUCAUUUGCAUUAUUUUAAUUAUCAUCCUUUAAAAGCCCCAUGAGGGGAGAGGAUAAUUAAGUAUUUACAUUUACAGUAAAUUAACUCUCCUUUUCGAGAUCGGAUGGUCAAUUGCUUCUAAAACAUUUAACAAGAAAAAUUGAUUGAGGAACGUUAGUCGACGUUCAAAGGAGUAAGUUUUUUAUUUGAGGGAGUGAACUUAUUUUGGAUUUGCGGUAUUUUUUUUAGAUCUUUCUCCGAGACAGUCAGCAUUCUCUGCUGCAAACACGCCUUCACUCUGAACAGAUCCACAAAGUCUGUGUUUUACAGCGCUGGAUCAGGGGAGUCCUACAAAGAAGGCAUUUUAUCAGGCAAAGAAAUGCUGCUAUUGUUAUUCAGGUACAUUUUUUUUUAAGAGAACAAUCUUUAGUGUGAGGCGGUUGGGGGUUUAGGUUUAACUCUUUAAGUCUCAAUAGUGACCAAGAUCAAUUUUCUCCUAACAAUGUCCAUACAUUGUCAAGAGAUAAGUUAUGAGAAUUAAUAAAAUGAUCACCAAAGGAAAAAAAUGCCUUGAUUUAUUAUCCAAUUCUCUCAACUAAUUCUUCAAUGAAAUGUAGAUCAGUUUAGAGUAUUUGUGUUUAAAAUUAUUUUUUCCUUCCACCAGGCCGCAUGGCGUGGUUAUCUGGCUCGUUCUAAUCUUGAGCUGCAAGCAUUUGCGGUCCUUCGAAUCCAGUCCUCUUGGCGUAUGUACAUUGCGCGGCGUGACUAUCUGAGUGUGCGUGAUAGAAUUAUUCUACUACAGAGUCACGCAAGAGGAUACCUGGCUAGAAUAAGGUAUGUUAGGUAGUAGCACAAAAUUAGAGUUAUACUCAGGUUUUUGUGUGAUAAAGUAAGUUAAUCUCACGAGAAGAAAGUUUAGAUUUUUCAUUUCAUUUUAGUAUAAUUAUAAUUACUUGCAGAUUCAGACAACACAAAGAGCUGAUGUUAAAGCAGGACAAGGCGCCUGUCUCACCGUAAGACUUCCUUGUUAAUAUGUAGCUGUUUGUGGAUCUUUGAUCCGUUAGAAAUACAAAAACACUGUUGUCGCUUUGGGAGUAUUUUUUUUUGGCAGCAUACCGAUUUAAAGAGUGAAUGAAGGUGUUCAGAAAAUAAAGGCGUAAACAGAAAUUAGAAAUAGCUGUUGAUAAGCAAAAAGGGGAACCCGACGUUACUUGUAAAGUGAAGUUCUUUCUUCAUUUAUCCCGACUGUUGUCAGUGAAUAUUCUCCUUAUACACUAACUUUUUUACGGCAAGAGAUGUGUCCUGGGGGCUUGUUGACAACUUCCAACACUCGUCUGGGGACGAACAAUUUUAACAGAGAGUUUUAGUGUCGAGUUUAUGGCAAGCAGGAAACGUGAACUUAGGGAAUGAGUGGAUGAAAAAUGUGCUGAAAAAUUAUUCUUGCAGUUGAACCUGACAUGAAGCCACUUAUUUCAGUGUAUAUAUAGCGACAGUUUAUUAACGUCAUUCCAUAUUUUUAUUUUUAUGACUUCGUCAGUCGCCUUCACCUGACACGGUGAAAACUUAAAUUGCGAUCUGAAAACUUUGACUCAGUUUUUGUGCAAAAGAAAAAGGUGCAUAGAAAGACAUCUUGCUGUGCAGUUUUUUGGCUAUUUUGUAAACUCUACAUAAUGACUUUUCUGUUGUUUAGUCGUCCGAGACUGUCCCAUGUGCGCUCUUUAAGUCGAUCAUUAAGUGAUCCGUCGAGGUACGAUGAUACUUCCAACGAUCAACGCGAAGUCCGGGACGGCGCGGACAUAACUGAAAAUGGACCACAUUAUGAGGACCCUUGGAUGCCAAGAGAGAGAUCCCCAUCCAAGUAAGGAUACCUUAAGUGUCGCCUUUAUGCUAAGAUACAAGGUUAAAUACUGUAAACUGUUGCUUAUUAGCUCCCUCACUUAAUACCCACCCCUGCAGUUUAUGCCUCCCCCGGAUCUAAGCCCCCCUGCAAACAUAUUGAAAUGAAUUCGAUUUAUUAUAGCUUGCAGGCUCACUUGUGCGUGAGCCUGCUCGCAGGCUAAAUUUAUUAUGAUGUUUUGAAGGUUACUAAAUUAAAAAACAGUAAAUGCAAAACGUAUUUUUAUCAGUACUGCUUUCGCUUGUUUCGAGGCGUUUUUUCUAUUCGGGUUAUUAUCCCCCCCUCGGAUAUAAGCCUCUCCGUUUAUAAACCCUUCUAAAAUCCCUUACGAAGAUGUGUAAGCCCAGGGAUUAUAAGCGGAAGUUUACAGUAUUCUUCUCUGUCACUCCCAGAGCGAAUUAAGGGAGUCUGCUAAGGUGAUUCUUUCACUUCGUACUAUUUAUUUAGUAUGUAGUUCUAACUUUUGAGUCUGUGGAUGACAUCCUAUGGUGUUACCAUUCAAAUGAAACCUCUUCAGCACUUUCACAUGGUACUAUUUACUUGGUAUGUAGUUCUAACUUUUGAGUUUGUGGAUGAAAUCCUAUUUUGUGACCAUUCAAAUGAAACCUCUUCAGCAGUACUUUCACAUGAUACUAUAUAUUUAGGAUGUAGUUCUAACUUUUAAGUCUGUGGAUAGAUUCCUAUGGUGUUACCAUUCAAAUGAAACCUCUUCAGCAGUACUUUCACAUGGUACUAUUUAUUUAGUAUGUAGUUCUAUCUUUUGAGUCUGUGAAUGGAAUCCUAUGGUCUUGCCAUUCAAAUGAAACCUCUUUGACAGCACUGUCAGAUGGUACUAUUUGUUUUUCAGCUGGUUGAAAGUGAAAGUUAGAAAUUUUUGUUGAGUGGUUUUGACUCUGGCCAACUUUUGGGAGUGAAAGGGUCAAAUAUGUGAUUUGGCGAUUCAGUAAUUUGAACUUUCACAUAUACAGGGUGAAGGAUGUUUCCCAAGUCUUAGAAGAGAAACUUCCGCAGAACGAAUCCAAGGGCAAGGUAUGUGCAAGUUAUCUGUGGGUGAGUUUUUUCUGCCAAAUUUGUACGUCGGUGUCCUUAUUUAAGAACAAAUUUUUUUGCCUUUCAUUUUCUUCUCUUCUGUUAUCCUAUUUGUGAGUAAAGAAAAAAGAUACUUUGGAAAGAGCUGUGGUUCUGCUUCGUUGAGAUAUUUAAACACAAACCUUCUUUUUCUUAGUCCUUUUUUGGCUAUUGGUAGAGUCAGGUACUGAAUGUUUAUUAGUUUUGACCGACGACUCAACAUGAAGAUCGUUUGCUUGUGCCUUGUUUUAAUACAGCAACGUUAGUAUAGUCCGCAGUUCGUGGGCGUCAUUCAAAUCAUGGUCACGUAUGUUUCUUUUUCCUCGUGUGGCCCCAUUGUCAGUUGUAACCAUCAGGCACCAGUUGUUCAAGAUUGGACAGUGCUUUCUAAAAUGGAAAUCUCUAUCCAAUGGAUAAGACAGUUGGUUUUCCUUUCAUUCAUGUCCUGUAUAGUUUUCUAUCCGGUGGAUGAUGCUUUCCCACUUCUUGACAUCCCGACCCUGCUUACGUUUUUGGAAGUCUUGGACACGCGAGUGUCGUUUUGUUUUAUAAUGUACGAAACUUAAGUCCAACGGUGACCAAACCACCAACCUCACUGAACUUUUAAAUGAGCGGAUAAUUCUCGCAUUCCUUGCAAAGGUGUUGCAAUGAAUUUGUUGUUUUUGCUUUCUCCAUUACCAGUUGGGUCGCCAAAGGUCAUCUUCGUGUCCAAACAGCCCAGAAAACAAACGUCGCUCUAUUCCUCCACCCAUUGAAAUUACGCCAUCCAAACCACCCCUGAGAAACGCCUACAGCGACUUGAGCCCUAUUCCCUCUCCCACUGCGCCCAAUUCAAAGUCAGUAGAGGAUUUGUCGAACGAACUCAAAGCUCCGAAUUUUUCACGAAAGCUUACUAGCAGUAUCCGAAGGCGUCUGUCAUCCAAAGGUAAAUCUGGUCAGCGGCAUAGCACUUCAGACGUUUUGGACGACAGAAUAACCAGGUCACAUCGAUCAGCCAUGGAUGACAUGGAGUUUUUGCCAACUGGGGUGAAGUCAAUGCCUAGCACCUUACAUCGAUCCGAGUAUGGCGGGAAAGUAAAGAAAGGACUGUUCAGCAAAAUUGGGCGAAGCAACUCUUUGAGAAGGCGGUCCGAUUCUAAUUUACACAAAAUCACGGGGAAGAAAUCCGCUGAUUUGUCUGUAGGAAGUACUUCGCAUGAUGGUAAGGAUUAAGAAUAAACAAAAAAAAAUAAAACUUUUAAAUACACGUGAAUGUUGUUAAAAUGUCAUGUUUUCUGUCGCUUCCAAGUUUGAAAUCCGUGUAGCCAUUUUUGUGUGGUUCGCGUAACACUACGUGCUUGACUACACGGGCCGUGCUUGACUACGGCAUUCUUUCAUUUCACGUAAAACGAAAAGCAGCUGUAGUCAUGUUAUUGUUUCCUUUGGAUAAAAACAGUGGAACAAAACGUUUUUUAACCUGCGUAGUAGGCGCUAGGAAGUAAUAGGCGGGAAAGGCGGGGGCGCGAGGGAGACACGCAAUGAUAAACGUUUUCAGGGUGGGACUGGGAAGUUGCGUGUGUUUUUAUGUGCAAUUUUGUAUCUUAUGCCCGCGCCUGAAAUCGUUCUGAGUUGAAGAUUGUUCCUAUACAAACGAUUUGUUCGGUUUAGUUCAAGUUGGGUAGGAAUGUUACUCAAUGGCUAGUCUGCUCAUAGAAACACGGAAAGUUUUAAAAAGGACUGUCCUGACUAAGACAGCAGCUAAACCACUCUAUGUCUUCUUGUCUUGUUUAUAGACCUGGCGAAGGCAUUGAAACAGACCAAAAUAGUUAGUUGUACUCUCACUUCAGGACCUGUGCAAUGGAAAAAUACGGGCAAGAAAUUCGUAAAGGGAAAUGACGACCUUGGUGAAUUGGAGGCGUUUUUAAUGAAUAAGGUACGUAUUGUAGUACAAGUACUGGGUUAACUUGUGUAUGAAGCGGUUUUUGAUUCCAAACCUCAUUAAUAACUUGUAAAGAUUAUACUAAACUCCCUUGGUAUUAUCGUCGUCCCAAUAUUUCUCUCUCUCUCUUUUUUUUCUUUCGUUUUUUCGGGGAAGGAGGCUGGGUAUAUUAUUGGUAACGCAAAAGUGGUGAUUAGUGUGUCCUCUCUUUAUUUUGAUGUAUUUGGUUCUGAUUUUCCAGUCCCAAGGAUUGUUUGAAAAAAUGACUGGAUCUACAUGAGCGUUUUUGAAGCCUUUCAAUAAACUCGCAAUACGUCUUCUAUUAGGUCAAAAAAAAAAAAUCUUAACAAUGCUGUCCAACUCUUUUAUGAAACUUUUAUGAAGCGUUUGAUUGCGUCAACCAUACAGUUCACAUGGAUAAAUUACACUCUAUAGGCAUUAGUGGCUCCUUUUACGAUUGGCUCCUAAAUUACCUCGAAAAUCGUAAACAAUUUGUAACUGUAAAUGGUUCUAACUCAGAAUUGUUGGAAAUAGAUACUGGUGUGCCUCAGGGGUCUUUACUCGGUCCCAGAUUUUACAGUAUUUACUCGAAUGAUUUACCUGAAGCCACAACGAAUGCUUCUGUUGAAAUGUUUGCGGAUGAUACCACAGUUUUUUGUAUUGGAAAUACUGUUGAUGAAGUCUUAUCUAAAAUUCAGGAGGCGAUCGCCGACUUAAACAAAUGGGCUAAGGAUAACUUCAUGACUAUUCAUCCUGCAAAAACCGAAUUGAUGUUGUUAUCUAAAUCACAAUUCAUCGGGCCCUUACAGAAAAUAUGUUUAGGGCAAAAGGAGUUGUCCUUUGUUUCUAAAUCUAAAUGUUUAGGGAUUCAAAUCGACAAUAAACUCUCCUGGUCGCCACAUAUCAAAUCCUUGAGCAAACGUUUUUCAGCAAGAGUGAAGAAACUGAAACACUUAAAAGGUCUCGACAGUCGCAUCUUAGAGUCAAUUUAUUUCAAAGGUAUCAUUCCAAGUAUUACGUAUUCAAUUGCAUUAUGGGGAUCUUCAAAAUCUCUUCAGACCCUGGAGGACAUUCACAUCGGAGCAGCGAGAUUUAUUUUUAACAUAAAGAAUUCUACUCUUAGCACUGAGGUCCUGGCAGCGACAAAAUGGAAGUCUGUAUCAUACAUGUACAAAAAGAGGAUUGCAACCAUAUCUUAUCAAGCAUUUUAUAACAGGGCUCCGGCUGGUAUAAAUUCUCUAUUUAUUAAACAUUCUCCAUUAAGAAAUCUCAGGGACAGUCUGAAACUAUACGUGCGUUGCCCUAAAAGUGACAUCCUUCGAUCUUCCUUCUCUCAUCGUGCGUCUAUUCUAUGGAAUAACUUACCCAUGUACUUAAAGAGCAAACCCAAUAUUGGUUCUUUUAAAUCUGCUCUUAAAGAAAAAUCUGACAUUUUAGAUAAAAUAACAUUUAAUGGGUUACAGGGAAUAAAUAAAGAUAUUGUAAAUUAUAUAUAUUAAGGCAACAGUCAAUUAACUGUUGUUUAUCUUGCUAAGUACUUUUUUUAUUUUUCUUUACUCAUUGUAAAUAAUUCAUUGGUUUGUUAAUAUUAUUAGUUACUUUUUUGUAGAUACUUUUUAGUUUGUAGGUCCACAUCAGCUCUUUAGCUGCCCUUUUUUUACUGACCUACAUGACAAACAAAGUAUGUAUGUAUGUAUGUAUGUAUGUAUGUAUGUAUGUCCUGAAGCAGGUUCCUGUUAGUGUUAGAGUCACUGAUAAUUUUUAAAUGUACUUUGUCUUUCAGGUCUCCAUGUUAAACCAGAAGGAAAAUAAGAGGGACACCAUAGUUGAUCGAGUUUUCCGAAAAGCUCUCCAGGAAUUCCACAUGCAGCUUAUCUCGUCAUACUCAGUUCUAAUGAAGGUAAGCAUCACAUGGCCAGUGCAUGAUGUCAAAGGUGUUAUCAUUAUCAUUAUCAUUAUCCAAUCGUCGAAAACCAAUUAAUUUGUUACGGCAAUCACUGCAGAUGUAGACAUCCUACCUUUCCACCUUCUCAAAGCCUGCACAGCUGGCGGAACUGUUUUUGCGCGUGCGAGAGUUUUGGGGAGAAGCCAGCCGUGAAGGCGCGAGAAAUACCACAGCGUCUCCUUCCCAUUCUCCCCACGGCGUCGCUGCUCCUUUGCCAAAACUUUGCUCGUGCUAACAAUCCUGCUGGCUACACAGGCUAACAACUUGUUCGUUUUUUCAUCGACUGGCUUAGAAAUGGGUCGAGAUGUUUUAGACAAUUCUAUUAUCGUUGCUUUGAUUUCAAUCGGAUCAAGAUUCUUUCAAAUAAGUUUUAAAAAUAUUUCUCAAUGAUUGGAUUGUCUUUGCAGCUGGAAACACAACGCACAAAACGAACGACCCGUUUGUUUAAUACCCCGAAGUCUUUCUACAAAUGGCAUGAUGUGGUUGUUUGUAUUAUGACCUUGAAUGAUCACGUACUAUUGAUCUGAGAAAAAUUAAAUGAAUGGAACGCACAAUUGAGAACCAGAUCCAGAUAUCGGUGUGAACGAUAUUCAUACGAAACUUUAUCGUUCUCAUUGCAAUCCAAGUGUGGUUUGUUCUUUAAGGAAUUGAUGUCAAAGAACGUUUCUUUUGUUCUAUGGUAAUGCAAACGGCUGAAGCAUAGAUAAGCGCGAGUUUGUUCUAACACUGAACUGUUAAUCAGUCGGAAUUAUCGAAACAGAUCAAAAACUAAACAAUGUUGUAUUCGAUUUUUAUUUUGCGAACAGGAGGACAAGACGUUUACCCUAAAGUACGAGGAUUUGAUGGGACAGUUUGAGUUCACACUGAAUAAAAUAAUCAAAAGCGAACGGAUUAUUGAUAGUUUUCCUGUCAUUAUGGGUGUGAACGCGUUUGCUGGAGUGCUGUCUGAGUUUAUCUCAAGGUGACUAUUUAUGUCCCAUUCACACCAACUAAACAUGUUUGAUUAAACCAGGUUUAAGAAAUGAAAACAGUCAAGGAAAAACAGGAACGCAGGUUUUCACACAGUAUUCAAAUGAAAUUCAACAUGUUUUGUAAUUUGCACUAAAUUUGCAAUCAAUUUAAGUCAGGAAGCAGUUUUUAUGAAGGAAACUAUUUUAAACCGUGUUUAACUAAAUAGCUUUUAAGCUUUGGUGUGAAUAGGGCUUAAGGGCUUAAAUUACUGCACAUAAAACACGUCUUUUUGAAUCACAUAGUUUUUUUAAACGUAAUGGAAAACGUAUCUAAGAUGUUCGGAUUUCUUCACCACCAAGUUGUAAGUUGCGGAUGAGGCAGCGACUUUUUGAGACUUUUCUCCCUUAUGAAUGGAGCAUUGCCUUCCCUGUGGUCUCCUUUUGGAAAGCUGUACAGGGAGGUCACUUUAAUUAGUAUAACUGUACUUUGACUCUGAAGAUGAACACCGCACAGCGUUUCGAAAUGUCAGCCACUGUCAACAACAACAGUCCUAUUCAGGACUAUGAAAUUACUCGUGGAUUCAAACCAUUUACAGUUUGUACUUUAACCAUGAAGUGUGUGGGGUGAUUAUUUCCAAAAGAACUUCAUUUUCGAGGCACAAUAAAGUUGUCUCUUUUCCUUGUUUUUCUUGCAUAUCAUUUAUUUAUAUAUAUAUUUUUAUAUUUAUUUAAUUUUUGCAGAACAAAUGCGCCACACAAACAACCCAAGGUAAGUAAAUGACCGCUGAUUGAAUAAUAACACAGUUAACUCUUCCUUCAGGGACAACUUUGCAAGACGGAUAGGUUACUUAUUUACUUUUUAUCUUUCUUUCUUUUUUUUCAAAAGCACCACAAAAAACAACAUGUAAAGAAGCGAAAGUCCUCGGAACUAACGGUAAGUAUAAAAAUGUCCUCUUCUUUAAACUCCAGAGUUUAACUUUAAGGUAUAGGCCGUGGAACUAACUGGACAAGCGGCUUCUUAGUAGUAGUAGGGACUUAACAAUCCGAAGACUCGAUGGCAGCGAAAAGGUGGCUCAAAAGGUGAAUUUACGUUCUUGCAGUCCUAUCGCGAUUAUUCCUACCCAUUUACUUUAUCAAAAGUAGGCGAACCCUCCUGGAGUUGAAUUCCUAGGAUCCCUUACCAAGUUCAGAUUUCGUCGUCGCUUGUUUACGUCCUCCAUGAAAUGUUAAAUUAAGCAAACUUCACGUCGUAGUCGUGCAAAAAAGGCAAAGAAAUGUACAAAAAAGUAUGAUGCACUCGCAAAGUUUUUGUUUUGCCUUCUAAACCUAUUGUUUUGUUGUUGGUUUUUGACGUUCUCGUUGCCAUCUCGUCGUGGGAUCGUAAAGUCCCUGGUAGAGCGCGUGAGACGCGCGAUUGCAUGAAAUGUCGAGUCUCUUGUGCCGAGUCGUUCUCGCGAGGGGCGAUUUUCUAUGGCGUACGAUCCCCGCCAAGAUCUUACUCCAUAGUUUUUGCGUCCUCUCUUAUUUCUGUGGCUGCAAGGCAGUCUAGAUUACAACAGACUGAAUACAACACUGAACCACCUUUUGUCUAUUGCUUUGCUACUUAUUUUCGUUAUUUCUACCGAAGAAAGUCAGUAACUCAGUGCCUAAGUAGAUCAACCCACAGGUCCGUUCAGUUUUCCAUUGCCGAUAGUUAGUGCACGAAAUAAAAACAACAACGACAAAUUAAAAAGCGGCACCCAACAUGAAAGAACACGAAAAUUGCAUUAAAAUUCUACCCUUGUAAUUAUCUCUUUUAGCUUUUUAUUUAAAUUUAAAAGCUGCGAAAUAUAAGGAUGAAAUCGUUUCGCAUACAUUAGGAAAGUUUUCAUAAUAACCAAUUAAAAUUCUUGAAUUGAAAUUGUGACGUCAACGGGCGGCACGGCAGUACCGAGUGAAGGUAAAGUUUGUAAUUCUCUUUCUUUUGCGACGUGUUUUUAUCAUGGCUUGCUCAUCUGCGAAAGCUUCUGUGAACGUUACCACCGGCCACAAAAUCAGGAGAUGGUCUACUAUCGGCAUGAGGAGUCGAACGUCGAGUAUAGGCGCGCCCAUGGUAUGCCCGUUACAAAAUAGCUAUGUUAUGUAAAAGGCGGCCUGCCUCAUUAAUUGCCUUUCUCUUUCCUAAUUAUGUUUUCAAGAAUUUCAAUUGCGUAGUUAUAAAGGCUUUUCUUAUCAGAUACUGUAUCGUUAUCUCUUGAACUUGCUAAUUGUCUCAUGUUUUGCGGGAUCCUCUCUUUCGAACUGUGUUUCAAACGCUUGAAGUGGAAUCUCCCUUAAAUUGGAUGUGAAGAUUUUUCUGCCUUCGCCUAGUUUCCGUUUGUAAGUUAAAGCUGAAAACUAAGUCUUUCAUCCGGAUUUUUUUUCAGUGUUGGCAUAUUCCAUCUUUGCGUUGUAAUAUUGUGGCGAAAGGGUGAUUUGUGUGACUGAAGCUACAUUUGUCACAAAUUUCUAGAUUAGAUUGUAGCAAUGAUGAUGUCCUUGGAGAAAAAAAUAUGUUUUCGUAAAGAAACACAGAGAUUAUUUUUGCAGCUAGUUUAAUUUUGAAUUGCAACGUCUAUUUUUUUUAUCUUUCUUGUAAAGCAAAACGUUGUUUAUACUACUCUUUCAGUGGACUAUUUGUUUUUCAGUCCGGAUGAAUUAACACCUUCCAAUAACUUAGUUUUUUUCUCGUUUGGCGACAUAUUUAAGGCCGAGCACGUUUUCAGUUGAAAAAAGGAACAUGAAUAAAUUUCAUUUAAUUCUUUGUUUUAGUGGUCAAAGCAGUUAAUAUUCAUGAAAAACCUCGAAAGUCAUGAAAUUUAAAAGUUUCAGUUUCCAAGCCUGUAAACGGUCAUGGAAUUUAAUUGUUUGUCCCGGAAAGUCAUGGAAAAUUGAAGUUAUAUUUGGUAGAUUAGCUACUGCUGAUAGGCCAAUGUAAAUUACAGACGAGUAAUUAAACAGCGUGAACGGUAGCAUUUUGGUGGACACCAGAAUUUUUUGUUUCUCGAACUGAGUUAGGUCAAAAAUACCUUAAAACAACUUAAAGGAAAGUUAAAACUAACCCUAGGGCCAUAGAAAACUUAGCAAGGACACGGAAAAAUCAUGAAAUGUCAUGGAAUUUGAAGAGUUCAAAUUUUAUGAAACUGAACAUGACCUUCGCAGUAGAAUGACCAACCUAAGCGGUUGAAAAAAAUUCAGGCUUGACUGGGACUCGAACCCUGACUUUUUUCGGUGACAGGCCGCAUCGCUCUAUCCGGUCAUCGCAAAGGACAGGGCUCGAUUCCUGGUCAUUCCUGAAUUUUUUUCAACCAGUUUGGUUGUUCAUUGUAUUGCGAAGGUCAUGUUCACCUUAUGUCUUUUUAAUAUAAUAUAGGCCCCAAUAUAACCAUUUCAUAUUAAUGUAUAUUAAGUUGGUUGUGAUAUGCGAGGAUUCGCAAUAAGCAAUGUCGGAAAUGGCGUUCAGUAAACGUUAAAUUCUAGAGUUAGUUUGAGUAAGGGAUGUCAGUUUUGGUUCAGAUUAUAAAGGGGUGUCGAAAAAUAUCAUUUUCGGCGAUUGAGAGAAAUAGAACGAAUUGAUCAGAGAAGCGUAUAUGCUCAUGGGAUAUUUCGGUAUUUUCUAUAUCUUGUUUUCUAAACCAAGUUACAGCGAAUGAUUUGCCACUCUAACUUUUAAAUCUUUGGAAAAACCCCUGUGGUGUUACCAGUCAAAUAAAACCUCUCCAGCAGUACGUUCAUUUGGUUGACUGUAUUAGUGUAAAGAGCGUCAGGUGAUCCUUCUUGUAGGGUGAAACGAUUGCUUGUAGUUACUCAAUUUUUGCGAUUUAACCCUCAACUAUGCAGUCAGUGCGAGCGUAAAGCACUUUUCAUACUGAAAUAUCCUGUGUUUAUUUUCAGGAAUUUAAUGGACACCAGUUCUCUACCACUCAGUUUAGUAUCCCAACGUUUUGUGAGCAUUGUGGAGGGUUCAUCUGGGGUCUUGAGAAAGGAUUCGUUUGCCAAGGUAAAGAAAUUCCUUCAGAGAUGUAAUAUUUUUUUGAGAGUGAAUAGAGCAACAUCAACAAUGAGAAACAACAAGAACAACAACAAAAACAAUAACACAGCGCUCGAAAAAACUUGAAUUCCAGCGCGCCCUUUAGCCGAGCGGCCCUCGCUGCUUGCCCAGGGCAACUACUUGCUUGUCUUAGGCAAUGAUUUAGUUGGAGGAUGACUUGCUGGAUCCUUGCCCAUAGGGCAAGUGGGCUUUAAGAGUGUCCCGAACCGAAAGUUUAUUUUCUUUUACAUUGUUAGAUUGUUCGGACGCCUGGGCAUUAGGCUCUAAGUUUACGGACGUGUGGGAACUUGACCCUAAGUUAGUCUUCAAGGACUCGGACCCUCCCUUUGGUUUUUUUAUAUGUGCUUUUUCGCUUGUGAAUUCUUGUUUUUUGUUUAUCAUGCUUAUUUUUCACAAAUAGAGCUGAUUUAUGCAAUAAAUCGCUUGAAACAAAGAGUUAGUUAAUGCCCAACAAGAAAACCUACUCGUCCCGGACGACCGGGAUGGAAUUUUCUUCGAGCCCCGCAUUUGUAACAACAAAACAAAGUUUACUACUGGCUCUCAGCAUGCUGACAUAAUGAAAUUCCUGCUAUUCCGUUUUAAUCUCAAUUUUGUUCAUUUACUCGUUUUUGUGUUCUCUUGCAUCAUUGAUCGUAUAAUUUAACUGUUUUGAAAUUUUAUCUUUCUUUGCAGAAUGUAGAUUUACCUGCCACAAGAAGUGUCACGCCAAAUCUCAAAACAUUUGCCGAAAGGGAACAAACAAAUCAAAAGGAAAAGUAUGAAAAUUNUGGGAACUUGGCCCUAAGUUAGUCUUCAAGGACUCGGACCCUCCCUUUGGUUUUUUUAUAUGUGCUUUUUCGCUUGUGAAUUCUUGUUUUUUGUUUAUCAUGCUUAUUUUUCACAAAUAGAGCUGAUUUAUGCAAUAAAUCGCUUGAAACAAAGAGUUAGUUAAUGCCCAACAAGAAAACCUACUCGUCCCGGACGACCGGGAUGGAAUUUUCUUCGAGCCCCGCAUUUGUAACAACAAAACAAAGUUUACUACUGGCUCUCAGCAUGCUGACAUAAUGAAAUUCCUGCUAUUCCGUUUUAAUCUCAAUUUUGUUCAUUUACUCGUUUUUGUGUUCUCUUGCAUCAUUGAUCGUAUAAUUUAACUGUUUUGAAAUUUUAUCUUUCUUUGCAGAAUGUAGAUUUACCUGCCACAAGAAGUGUCACGCCAAAUCUCAAAACAUUUGCCGAAAGGGAACAAACAAAUCAAAAGGAAAAGUAUGAAAAUUCCCAUUCUAUGUUAAUACGUAAAGGCGCUGGAUUGUCGUGCAUUAGUAUCUAGAUGGAAGUGUUUGAUGCCUUUCGAUAGAUUGAAGCAGUGAUUAGUAAUGAGGCUAUCUGCAAGCUCUUGUUCAUACUUAAUUUUCUAUUCAUGACUCGGACUUUUAACAAGGACAGACUGUGGUUAUGCGUACAGAAUGAUGCCAGGAAUCGCAUGUCUCUAGUUAUAGAUGACAUGACGUCGUAAUAUGUUAAGAAAAGCGAAAGUGGCACGGGGGCCAAGGGCGAGUGUCACUGAUAAUCUUACCAAGUUUGAUGUCUUCUGCAAUGUGUAAAUGAACAGUCACUUGGCGUGUGUGUUGUUUACUGUGUUGCUUUCUUGGCCAGCUUGUAACGAACACGGAUAUUUUUGUUGUUUUCAGACGGAACUUUUUGGUGGUGAUCUAUCUUGUCUUGUCUCAAACGAAAACCUGGUUCCACCUUUAGUUGACAAGCUCAUCAAAGACAUUGAAAAAAGAGGUAAGUUCUUAGAAUCAUCGUCUUUCCUUUCUUGUUCGUAGGUGGGGAACAAGACAGACAAUCAUCCCUCUCCAACUGUAAAGUAAUUUCUUGUUUUCUCAGUCCUUAAAUGUUUUAUAGUGGGGGGUGAUUGACGGCACGUCGCGGAAACCCCGAGGGAUGUUCUUUGUCUGGCCUCUCACACUCGGCCUUUCAUGGUUGGACCUCCCAGGGGUAAAUCCCCGUCGGUAUAGGUGUCAGGAUCAUCAUUACACGCAGUUUCACCAACACGACCGGGAGCCCGAGGUGAAGAGGCCCUAAAAUUAAUUUGGGAUUAACAAUCUUACACGCAGCGCGCGCAAACCGUGAUGAUGUCCGUGUAAACCUCCAAAUUGUCAAAGAAAGAAUCUUUAGUCUUACCGAGGUAUUAGCAUCUUGCUGGGGACAUUCUGUUUCAAGACCCUAUAGGUCCAAUCCAACCCAGUCUCGCAAUUGCUGUUUCGGUUUGUUCAGUGUUAAGGGCUUUGAGCUUGUCAUUUUGUUUUAUGGGGUUUAUUAAUUAACUGGCUCGUAGCUAGAGUGUGUUUAAAGUGCCCGACUUAUUCAUGUCUUAAGCUAGGAAGAUUUUUUUUUAUACUUACACCCACAUUGUCAACUUUGAUAACUGACCGACUUCCACAAAGUUUGCUGCUUUACGUUGCUUUGCCCUUUUUAAACAUUUAUGUCCCUCUUAUGUUCACAGCAAAUCUUAGCGCACGGAACGGUUUACCAUAAAUAAACAUUUGUGAUGACUGAUGUCACUGAUUGAGUUAAAGAUUUAAUAAUUCACUCUCUUAUUUAUUUAUCUAUUGACGUAAUUACAUAAUGAUUUAUUUUUGAUUUUACAGGUCUAUACACUGAAGGUCUUUACAGAAAAUCUCCCAGUAAUGUCGCGGUAAAAAAGCUUAAAAACGAUAUCUGUACGUUAGGUGAGUGUCUUCAUUGAUUGUUUUUCGAGUUUGCCGAGCUUAGCCGAAGACAAUUAAGUCAAAGCUCUUCUUAACGGACAAUCCGUGUAAAGAAAAUCAGAUCUUGGGAGUGGAAGGGUUAAUUGAUAACAAAAACAACCUUACAAUGACACGGAGAAUACCCCCCGUGAGAAAACAGCCGACAUUUUCGCGACGUCAUCACUGGUUUCUCCGCGAAAAUGACGUUUGAGAAACGAGUAAAGAAAUUCCAUACUGAUGACGUGUCACUACCCUGAUCUGGGUUGUGCUUCUGAUUGGUUGAAGCAAAUUUCUCACGCAACACGACCAAUCAGAAUCUGGGUAGCGAUACUUCGUCAGUAUGGAAUUUCUUCAUUUGUUCCUUAGACAUCAUUUCUCAGGGAAACCAGUGAUUGCGUCGCGAAAUGUCGCCUGUUUUCUCAGAGGAAGGACUGUGGCUAAACAAACUUGAUCCCAGCCUUGCUUCCACCAGCAUCUGUUCAUGGGGAUUUUUUUAACCGGCGUUGUCUCGUGCGCUUUCAGGUAUUGACCAUGUUAAUUUAGAGGAGUAUACAGUGCACGUGGUUGCAGGAGUUUUAAAACUGUUCUUCCGACAGUUGUCUGUUCCUGUCAUCACGUCAGAUUUCUAUAUGGAUUUCAUACGCACCGCCGGUGAGUACAAAAAAGUAACUAUUUAUUGUUGCUUCUUUUCUCUUCGUAAUCUGCGUUGUUUUAAAGGUUAAAAUAAUGAAAAUCUUAUAUUAGAACUGUUGGGUAAGGAAUUGAAUAUAAAGAAGAUCAUUACAGUUAAAGACGCAACUUUUGCGGUAGCAAUAGGAAAGCAAAUUCGAACCUUUGAUGUCUACGUUUCCAGUGAAGCGCUUUACCAAUUGAGCGGCUAUCAAGCCAACCGGAAGCUGGUCCUUCAGUCGGUUCAUUACUCAACUCGUGAGGGAUGAAGAUUAAGUAAUGAACGUAUGAGCAGCUGUGAAGUUGUAUCAAAGACAAAGUUUAGAGUUGAUUGUAGGAAGCUUAGCCCUUCUAUUCUGAAGAGCCCUCAAAGUCAAGAUUCAUGAGCUGGGACAACCAAGCUGCAUAAACUAAUUUUUAGUGGCAUGCUAAGUACUGUCGAAGAGGUUUCUUCGGAUGCAGGAGAAGUCGUUUUAUCUUGCUAAUUUCUAAAUUCUUACGAUGUCUAUGUUUACUUAAGUAAUUUUUGAAGGAAAAAUAAGGUGUUGAGUUCAGUUUUCCUGGUGCAACGAUUUUACCACUUGAAUCGCUUACACCUAAACCGUUAAAUAUUUAUUCUCAGAUCUGAGUGAAGAAAAGUUACGACUUCAGGCUCUGUACAGCUUGAUUCAGAAACUACCCAAGGCAAGCAAAAACACACUGGAAAGAUUGGUCUUUCAUCUUUCAAGGUGAGAAAUUAAUCAGACAUUGAAUCAGACAUCAGGGGCACCCAACGACUGUUUUCUGUGAAAUAUCUGUUCGGAGAAACAAAUAUUAGCUAGAAUUUUCUACUACUUGAAAACGGCUAAAAGUUUCUAGAUGACCGUUCCAUUCAUGUAGUACAAUUUUCGAAGCUUAUUUAAUAAAUUCCCUACGAUUUUGUGAAGUUUAGGUAUUCACAUUUCGCCGCCCAGGUCAGGCUAUUUUUCGUACGAAAAAGGUUGCCUAAAACUUUCGGAUUCAAAAAUGUGAUGGAGAGAGGAAUCAGAAAAAUUCUCACUUUCGCAAUAUGUCAAAUUCCAUUUAACAUUGUCGGGAAAUAAUACUGAAGCCCUUGUAAUUUCGAAAAGACUCACUUUCCCCUUGGAUGUUUUAUAGCGCCGCUUAGAAUGUAUUUCUAGAGAUCUAAGGGUACUCUGGAUAGCCUAAAAAGUGAUUUCAAUGUAUUUAGGUCGUUGAGUGCCCCUGAGACGUACAACCCAGACAACGAGGAGCUAAGGUUCGAAACAAGAAUCAAACAGUUGUCGUUUGCUAUUUGCGUGCAUUUGCUUCAUUGACGUAGCUGCGAGAGAACGCGCGAGCAAGCGGCCAAGCACUCCCGUACUCGUGUCUCCUUUCGCGUGCUGCUCUCACGUGACAUCUCGCGACUCCCCCAAAUGGAGAGCUUGCUCGCAGGCUAACGUUGACCUGAGUAAGGACAGAUUGCAAGCCAUAGUACAAACAAUAGACCCUGUCGGUUCGUUUUCUUAUGCAUUUGGUAAUGAUUGAUGAAGCCUAAAAAGUGAUAAACUCUUAUCAAAUUCAUCAGCUUCGUCUAUUACUUGGGGAUUAAGGUAACUGGGUUGGUGCCCAAACACUUAAACACUAGAAUUAUCAAACUUGUGAUAUUUUUUGGUCUGUAGAAUAUCUCAACAUCAGGAUGAAAAUCUAAUGAAUGCUAAUGCGCUGUCUAUAAUCUGGGCACAAUGUCUCAUGGGAACGCCCCCUGGUAUGAGUGCGCUGGAGAGCAUGCAAGAUGUGGCCAAACAAACCAAGUGAGUAAUGCUUUCAUUGAGUUGGUGAUGCUAAAUACUGACAAGUCCAAGGGAACCGAUCGACGAUAGAGUUGUCGACAAAUAUAUUGUAUUUUAAUCGAUAUUUAUGCGCAUUAUAAGAUCGCUAAAUGCCAACAAGGCAAAAGGUCGCGACAUCUGUCGAUAAAUAUUUUGUAGUCAUCAACUAAACUAGUAAACAACUCUAAACUCUUUGUGCGAGGCGAGUAAAUUUUCAAUGGCAGCAAAAUAGUAUCUUUUUUCAGUGUAGAUAUUGUCUCUAGUUUGAACUAGUUUACUAUGUUACAUACCGCAAAAUCCCCCGGAUUCCUAGGCCACAAAUUUCUUCAUUUGGAAAGUUUAGAAGAGCGCAAAUUCUUUCAUUUUAGUAAUAUUGGUUUUCAUGGCUUUUUCGAGUGUGGGUUUUUUUAAACUGUCUUCUUGUUUUGUCAGCUAAAGCUAAGUUUUGUUGUUGUUGUUGUUGUUGUUGUUGUUAGAUGUUUCGAAACCCUGAUUCUCGGUCAGUUAUCCAAGAUCCGAACAACUCUGCACAGCAUUCGAGAACUUGACAAGGCAACGGACUCAGCUCACCAGCGCUUGUCGACGUUGAACCUCAACGAAGAGGUAAGUCCAUUAUGUCUGGUCCGAUAUCCAGCUCAGUCGAUGUCGGCUGUAUCUUUUACACACCGUUUAUAGGUCGUUCAUCGUCCCCUAGUUUUUCGGGCGAUUAUGGUCGAGUUGAGGCGAUAAUCGCACGAGGCGUGGCGCAGAGGCGUAAGGCCCAUUGUGGAACGGUUUCACAAGACGCCACGUCAUCCAUAUAUAUAGGUAUCCCAAAACAAUGAGGAGGAUGGCCUUGUAAUCUGGAGGCCCGGGGUUCAAUGCCCGCACUAACCGCGAGCUGGAUUUGUUCUCGGUAGUCUCGAGUUCAGCUCCUCGGUCAUGCUCGUAAAUGGCCAACUGGUUUGCCUUUGGCCACCAUAAUGAAAACGACUUGUUUACCAGUAAUUGCGUUUCCCCUAUAAAGUCAGUUUUUUUUAAUGAAACGACAGCUAUGUUGGUGCCCCAAACCAAUUCUGUGAGAAAUUAACGUUCUUCUUAUAUAAAGAUUUGCCUUUGUUCCAAUAAAUUUGCAUAGAUGCUGGCCACCUGGGUGAAAAAACUCCAUAGGGUACAAGUUGUAGCAUGCGAUAUGGUUCCCAAAAAGGCUCUAUGGCGCGUUACUUAUAUUGUGUUGUGUUGACGACACGCAUAAGCCAGCGGCAACUCAUAUAAAUGUGUCUUUUUGUGUUACAGGACGAAGGAUUGGUGGAAAACGACUUAGAAGGCGAAGUAAACGAAAAAAUGCUUCUCAGACAACAACUGUAUGAAUUACGGGAACAAAGGUUGGUAUUUCGCUCAGCUUUAUUCCAGCCAUCUUUAAAUACCUCUUCACACUUUCACUCCCAUAGUGAAUUUCUUAUCUUUGGGCUUCUUUAGUGUAGAAGAGUAUUGUUCUAUGGGAUUGUGCGUGGUAAUAAUUUCUGCAACUUUUUUUUUUCUCUAGGGUAGAAAUUAAUCGUGUCCUAAAACGUUCGUAGUACUUAUCGACAGUAACAUGGUUAGUCAAACUCGGCUUGUGGAACCAUAUUUUGGCCAAAGCCACUUAAACGGACUCGAUGCACCGCUCUUUCAAGAUUCUCAAGUUAUUUUUUGAAGAAAUAAUUUGAGAUUUUCGAAAAUCAAAUUUUGAAGUAAUUUACUAUAUGGAUAAAUCCUAGAUUACCAUGUAAGCCCUAUUAGUGACCAGAAUAUAAUUUCUUUAAAAAAGAAUCUUACAAAAAAAAAUAAUAAUACGCGUAUUUAUCGCGGGCAUUAAAACGCGCGUCAGAGAUUUGUAGACCUUUGAGAUAGCUGACUUUUCAGCUCCAGCAUCAUGUGCUAUCAUUUUUACAUCAUCAGUAAGAACAAUCUCCACUAAGAGUGAUGAAGGCCGGUUUCAAUACUAGCCGGCAGAUUUUUGUUUCUAAAAGCUCUCGUUGUUAUGUCAACUCCUCGCUACAGCUACUCAAUCGCUUAUCACUUUCACUUAUUCCUUUCAGAGCUCUUUUAACAGCCAAACUGACCAGUUUAGGGCCUGGUAACCCGAGAAGAGCAGACAGCGAAGAGGAUUUGGCAAGCGAUGACUGUCAAACUGAUGAUGAUUUGGACGCAGGUUAUGAAGAGGAACUAAGGGAGGAGUACGCCGUCACCUUUGACCUCCCUGGUAAGUCAGUAGUUAGUUACACAGGUUUGAAAUGUAAACAAGAGCUUAUUUAUCAAAACACAGUGAAACUUCUUUUAAGCGACCACCAGAAAUGCGACGAGUUUGUGGUCGCUUACGAGAAUCGACCAACAGGUGGUCUCCUCCGGGAAGAGGUCCCGGGACAUCUAAUUUUUUGCAAAAAAAAAAAUUAUUGCUUGCAGUUGACGAUAUGUGUAGUUCCAUGUUCUCAUUAAAAUUUCUCCGUAUAUUCCUAGUAGCGUAGUACAAGAGAGCGAACAUAAAUAUCGGGCCAUGAAUCAAUCGGUUUGUUACAGGAGGUUAAUAACAAUGAUAAUUAUAAUACUGUCAUGUGGUCGCAGUCGCCAUAAAUCUCGUAUUCUGUAGCCUGCGCAGCAUGCGUCGAAAGGGGUGGGGGAUUAAGAGAAAGGGAAAUAGGUAGGGGAAUUCUCCCCCUCCCCUCCCCUUUUUGCGCCUGCCACGCAGGCUCGAAGUCUGCGAAACACCAUUUUCGGCCUUAUAAGGGACUGUGUCCUGAGCCUUUUUGCAGCUGGUUGUAGUGACAAGCAUAGGAAAGUGUAAGAGGUUCCACUAGCAAACGGAUUCUUAUGUUCUUAUUACUUCUUUGUUGUAGCAACUCCCAUUCAGUUACAUCAUUUAACCAAGAACCGCGCCAGGCAACCUGUCAAGAGACGGCGUCCCACAAGAGCCAAGUUACGUCAGCAUGAAAUAGAGAGAUAGGACACUACGUUCCAUGUUACCUGAAGUAAAUCGUAUAUACCAAUGUGUACAGUUACCGAGCAACGCCUCAGAGAUUAACUUAGGACACGAGGUUUAACCGGCUUUGUCUUAAGAUUGAGUGACGAGCAUCAAUGUCUCUUGACAAACACCAUCAAUACAUGUUGAUAAUCAAGAGAAAGAUUAUGACUAUUAAUGAAAUGAUCAACUAAGGUACAUUGCUUUGAUCGUUAAACAAAUUCUCCUAGCUUAUUCUUUAAGGAAAUGUAUGGAGAUAAGUCUAGAGAAUUUGUAUGUCGAUUUUGGGGCUGAACGGGUUAAGCCUUGGGUCUGCCUUCUUUCUUGGAAAUAUGAAGAUAAAUGUCUUUUCCUACUUUCCCCCAGCGAUCCCAGAGAUUGAUUCACUAUCGAUUAUUUCGAAGAUCUUCGUCAAACUUACUCUAGCCCCUUUUCCAGCGUGAGUAGACCUCAUUCACGAUACCCGCCAUCUUUGUACGCGCUUAAGGACUGAUGGGAUAAGUAAUGUCACUUGGUUUCUCAGGGGGCAAACAAGUGAAAAAAAUUGCCAAUGCAAAAAAUCGUGGUCGAGUUUGCUUAUUCUAGACAACAGAAAAUGAACUUUUCAUCUUGAAGAUGGUAAUGGCAAAUUAUAAGUGGAAGCAAUCAUUGUUACUUUUUUUGGAAGCAGUAUAGCGACCGUAAAUGUGUAAAACUUGUGGAAACUCGAACUGUGCAUUUUGCCUGACUAUUAAAUCUUGGCACAGUUUUGAUAGAAUUAACAAACUCGACCGCGAUUACUCAUAUUUUCAAAUUUGAUCACUUGUUUACCC